AUGCUCGUGGGCGAGGACGUGGACUUCUCGAAGUGGCACGUCUUCUUCACCGGAGAGCGGUUGGAUGGUCAGGAGUCCUUCCUUUUGGCCAAAGAGCUUUGGAUCGACGCCUGUGGGAUCCCUGCUGAUCAGGUUCACCCAGUGCCUCAGAUCCCUUCGGCCGAGGGCGCUGCGGCGCAGUACACGGCGGAGAUUUGUAUGCAGGAGGAGACGGUCUUGGUGGACAGCGAGGAGGGCUUGCCGGCGUUGGACCUGUUGCUCCUGCAUGUGGGCCCCGACGGCACUGUGGGACGUUUGAAGCCCAACUCGUCUGAAAUUGAUGAAGCAGGCACUGGCAAGGUGGUUUUGCCCAUUGAAGAAGCAGGUGCCGAGGCAGCCAUCGUGGGGCCAGAUUUUAUGAAUGCGGCACGGUCUGCGGUGCUGCUGGCCACGGGCAGCCACAGCGCCCAAGCGGUGCAAGCUGCGUUGAAGAAGCCCAGUGCCUCGUGCCCCGCGAGCUUGCUGCGGACGCAGCAGAUGACAUGGAUGUUGGACUCUGACUGCGCGACAUUGAUCUGA